AAAAUCAUCGCAGCAGCCAGCGCAAGAAAACAGCUGCCGUCUGCUUAGUGAUAACGUUGAGCCGUUGAGAAAUUGUGCAGUUUUGUUCAAGUGUGUUACCAUUACCGGGUUUAUCGCUGCAGAAAAGUGAUUUUCCAUCGAACUUGCUUCACUUUGAAUUUGCGGAUACGACCGUAGUGUUUCCCAAGUCGCCAUCCAUUGGGUGGACCGCGGAGGAAAAGAAGGGCGGCAUGUAAGUGUCCUUGAUUUUCCGGAGCUCGCAAAAAGUGUACUACGAGCCAGUUUGCCAGUGUGUGCGGGGGACGACGACGACGACGACGACGGAGGACCUCUGCUGCGAGGAAUUUGAAAUCAAGCUGUGAUCCCGAGCCCGAGUGGUUCGACAGGGGGAAGCAGGAAUUCAAAUCCUCGGGAUUCACCAUAUCGCCGCUUGGCAGCAGCUGCAAAUCUCGCAGUCCAUUAGGGAUCGUGCAAGGAGCAGUGGUCGCAGCAGGAGCUAACAAUCUCACAAUCAGGCAAAGGUGAAGUUCGAUCAGACCGGACGGGCGGACGCGCGCUCUCUCUCUCUCUAUCGCUCUCUCUGCUGGGAAUGCUGCAGUAUGCGUGUGGUAAAACCGAUGUGUACAUAAUCCGGUCGCCGUGUGUCCGUGCAUGCCAUCGCUGUGCCGUGGUGUCGUGAAAACAGAUUUUCAUUCCCAAACCUUGCUUCGUUGUGUGGUGCGCGGGAGAUUUCGGUUGAAGGAUGUGAGGAAAAUGCUGGCACAAGUUUUCUGCCACCAGCAUACCAGAGUGUGACUCCAGUCAAUUGGUCGUGAGAAAAGUUGCAAAACGAAAAGAAUCGAUUUGGGGCCGUAUGUCACUGCUGUUUCCAGUUUUUCAUUAGUAACCAUAAGGCAACACGGGCGCAGCGUGCUAAGAAGACCGAAGCAUAGUAACCAUAGCCCACAGCUACUAGAUCUUCCGUGCGGGUGCAUAUCUGGUGGGUUUGCUGGCUGCAAAAAUGUUUCCCGAGAUAAAUCCUCCCCGGAAAAUGUCCUUCCAAGCAGAUCCGGUCGAUUUCAAAGAAAAGCUCAUAGCGACGGUGAAGAAAGAGGUGAAGCAGGUGAUGGAGGAAGCCGUCACUAAGAAGUACAUUCACGAAGAGUCCUGCUCGGUGACGGCCCUGUGCGCGGCGGUCGAGGCCUGCCUGAGCCAGGGUUUGCGGCGGCGGGCCCUCGGCCUGUUCAAGACAUCAUCCACCACCGCCCUGCUGCACAAGGUGGCCAAGCACUGUCCCGAAGCAGCCUGUAUCAGUAAGAAGGUACAGGACAUUGAAAACAGCGAUCCAAACAAACGGUCCUCGUCCAGCAGCGACAGUACGAACAAACCACCGAUACUCAAAAAGGGGAGCAGCAAUUCCGUGUCGACUACCACACCGCCACAAUCGCCACCCGUCGUCAAAUACCUGUGGAUACGGUUGGCUUUGUACGAGAAGAAACUAUCCCGCAUCAUCGAUCAUCUGGUGACGAACGCGACACGCUAUUACGAACGGGACUCGCUAGUGGCCGAUCCAGACUACGGUUCGAUCCUGAGCUCGCUGCUCGUUGGACCGUGCGCCCUGGAUUACUCGCGUGCCAAAACUGCCGACCAUUUCUGGACUGAUCCUCCGGCGGACGAACUGGUACAGCGUCAUCGCAUUAGCUCCAGUAACCCGACGCCACCGGCCUACAGGAGACCGAUGUUGAACUUUAAGCGCAGUCUGCACACCAGCUCGGAGGAGGGCAGCAUGGCGUCGUUCAAGUCGAACAGCUUGGCGUCGGCCUCGAAGGACUACGUCGAAUCGUUGCACCAAAACUCCCGCGCAACGUUGCUGUACGGCAAAAAUAAUGUCCUCGUGCUUCCGAAGGACGUCAGCGAGCCGAUGCCGGGAUAUCUGAGCCUGCACCAGACGGUCCAAUCGCUCACGAUCAAGUGGACACCGAACCAGCUGAUGAAUGGGUACGCCGAGUCGGAAUGCAUCGACAAGAGCUCGUACUGGGCGUACGCCCUGAACGUGAACGUGGACGAGAUCGUGUACGUCCAUUGCCAUCAGGCACGGGGCGGUGAUACCGGUGGGACGGUCAUUCUCGUGGGCCAGGAUGGUGUCCAGCGGCCCCCGAUACACUUCCCAGAAGGUGGCCACAUGGCUGCGUUUUUGAGCUGCCUCGAAACAGGUUUACUGCCACACGGCCAGCUGGAUCCUCCGUUGUGGUCACAACGUGGCAUUGGGCGCAUCUUCCCUUGGCCCCAGAAAUCACGACGUCGUCCGCUACCGUCAGUGCUCGAGGGCAACGAUGAGCUGCCGAUUGACUAUGUGUUCCGGGUGGUGAACAAGGGCAACACGGAUGAGUUCUUGGCUACACAUUCGAUUCUGGAGCUCGGCCGCACCAGCCCCCGCUAUCGGGCUCAACUGAGCAGCUGCUCUACCAACGAGAGUAGCGAUUGUUCCAGCAAAAGUCUCUCGAUCGAUGCCAUGUCCAUC